GAGUGGUGAGUGGUGAGAGCAGUGACAGCUUGGCGGACAGGAAAGUGGCUUUACAUCAUGUGGCUGACGGCAGGCGGGAGCGUCCACCAGGGCAUCUCAAAUACGCUUUCUCCGAGACACAUACAUACCAGAGGCAUAUUUGUGCGACUAUGGCAGAAAUGGCCGCCGAAGUCCCUAUCAAUUCAAGCAACCACGGGCGUCGCCAGAAUGCUCUCGCAGACAUUCAAUUCGCAUCGAUACUCGACGACGAUGACCUCACACCCGUCGAAUCCGGAGAUGAGACCGAGCAAGAGCAGAAGCUGGAGCUGGAGACGGUCCAGUCUGCAAUUGGAGUCAGCAUAGGGCAACAACAAACGCGUCUGACCUCGCCGAAGACGCCUGCUGCUGAGAGGGCUGCUGCAUUGGAGGACCUUGAGGGCGGCGCGCUCUUUGAUGGCUGGGAACAACACGCAACUGCGGUCAUAGAUGCUAGGACAAGGAACCGCAUACCCUCACAUGGUGAGGUUGACGAGAGUCAUCCUGCAAAAGCUGAGCAGGUGAGGUAUGGGUCUAGUCCAGACGAGCCUCUCGAGCGCUUGCCCUCACCAUGGCGCGCGGGCCCCAAGACCUUCCAGGGCCGAAUGAGCGACCACCGCGCAACGCUGCGGCAACACCUCAAUAACGGGCGGCGAAGAGCAUCGUCAAGUGGAUCGAUGGCCGAAACGAUGCGCAAAUACGUGCCGUUCAACCUACCAAAAGCGCCCAAACACCUGCAGUUCUCUUUGCCAAGCUUCUCGGCACUGCCGCUGGACCACGAGCGUGGGAAGCCAAUACCAGGCACAAGCCCUCGGCCAGGGCAGAUAGAAGCAGCAAGCACUGGCAGUAUACCUCAGCGCGAUGGCAACUCCGAGUCGAUGCUGGGUCGUCGCAGAAGUUUGAGCUCACCUCAACAAGUCAGCACCGCACCCAUACCCCAAGGCGAAUUUGAGAAUGACAGCCUUUCGACGCUUGCCCCAAGAGGUACACCUCGCGUGUCGCACGAUCGACCUCCGUCUAGGUUUCGUAGGUCGAACUCAGAAGGUUCACUACUGCUCUAUCGUUCCAAGUCUAUUGCGUCCUCUCUUGGUGACGACUCACGGUUCGAGAGAGUGUCUGAGCAGGUAAACAGCAGACUCAAGGCCAUCAAAGACAGCUUCCAAGACUCGAAUUUUAAACUUCCAAGUCCCUCAAUGCCAAAUUUCAAUUUCUCGCACAGAGACGAUAUAUUCCGGGGUCGCAAUGGCAGUGUACCGCCUCGAGGCCGAACGGUGGAAGAAACCCCAAUGUGCAAAUCCAGUCUUCGGCCUAGCCCCUCAGCGACCUUUCCACGCACUGGCUCCUCCGUGUCUCUCAGAGCGAUGCGACCCUUCAAAGAUGGCGGCUCAGAAGCUGACACUCACCCUAACUUCACAAGAGCACUCGAGGAACUAGAGGGUGACCUCGUUAUUCUUGGAGGGUAUCGUGGCUCCAUUUUGCGUUCUGCAGAGCCUCCAAACCGCCAGCUGUGGGUUCCCAUCAAGGUCGGUCUCAAUCUGCGCAAAGUGGACCUGGAGGUGCCAUUAGAUGAAGGCGCAGACGAGAGAAUGGAGCAAACUAUCAUUCCGGACGGCAUGUUAACACACAUUGGUCCUGUUGACAUUUCAAAACGCCUGUUCAAGCGGCUGCGAGCAUCCGAGAACUUCAAAAACGGAAAGCUGAGGGUUCACAACUACGGUUACGACUGGCGGUUGUCGCCGCACUUCCUCUCACGCCGCCUGAUCAAUUUCCUUGAAUCACUUCCCUGCAACCAAGCAAACGUUGCUCCCGAGAAGAGGGGUGCUAUCGUACUCGCACACUCCCUAGGUGGCCUCAUCACUCGCCAUGCCAUCAACCAUCAACCAGAUCUUGUCGCAGGCGUGGUAUAUGCCGGUGUACCGCAGAACUGUGUGAAUAUCCUUGGCCCUUUCCGGAACGGUGAUGAUGUCCUGCUUUCGUCUCGUGUACUGACGGCACAGGUAAACUUUAGCAUCCGCACUUCUUACGCCUUGCUACCUCUCGAUGGCAAAUGCUUUAUCAAUAAGCACACGAAAGAGGAAUAUGCUGUCGAUUUCUUUGACGUCAACACAUGGAUCGAGGGCCGCUUGUCGCCGUGCAUAGCGCCACCCUUGCCGCGCCCAGAGCCACCCAAGGAUAGUAGCUUCAGCGUGAGCGGUGUCUUGAGUGCCAUGUCCCAGGCUCUACCAACGUUCCCGGGUCGAAAAGGUAGCAUAUCAAGAGGCAACGGCGAAACAACCAAUAGUGCGGCAGACAUCGCCCACAAUGCAGCAAACAAAGUGGCAGAAGGCAAUGCAGAAGCCGCAGGUGGUGGUAUGGAGCCUCAGAUGAUGGCAGGGCGACGCAUGUCGCGCUCCACAUACACGUCGAACGAUCCAAACCCUGCAACCGCAGUCACGAUAUCGCGCGAUGAAGCCAUCAAGUACCUCACUCGAGUCCUGGCAGAGACCAAGCGCUUCAAGGAAGAGCUUGCCCACGAGCCAACGCACACCGAAGCCAACGCAUACCCACCGAUCGCCCUCAUGUACGGCAAGUCGACACCAACGGUAUACGGUGCCAAAGUCGAGUCCCGCGAAGCGAUCGCACGAGCUGAUGUAUAUGAUGAGCUGGCAUUUGCAAGUGGAGACGGUGUUGUACUUGCACGCGCAGCCAUGGUGCCUGAAGGAUACUCAGUAGUAAGAGGUGGCGUGGUAUCGAGCGACCGCGGACACGUUACGCUGCUAGGAGACCUCGAGGGUGUCGGGCGCUGUCUGCAUGCUGUCAUGAGAGCGCGACGAGCUGGCAUCGGUCUAGGUGGGAAGAAGACAGAGAAGGUUGUGGACAGCAAGGAGAGCCAAGGGCUGGGUAUUCAAGUACCGCAUGUCGCCGCAUAGAUGUGCAGCGAGCGUACAAUGCUACGCGGUCAAGUCCACCAACCGUUUUGGAGUGAGCAGUAGGGUAAAGGGGUUCAGCGCGAGGCUCACCAAGCCUAAACCUUGAUUUGCACGUUCCUGC